CUGUCUAGCCACAGCGUUUCACGUAAUUACGUGUUUUUAUUUCCUUCCUCAAGCUGAGUCCGCCGCUAAGUACCUAUAGUGCCUACUGCCUAGUAAGUAGUAGUAACUACUUCAUACCUCUGAUAUAGUGUCCCUUCGAGCGAUAUUUGAUACGCCUUUUUUUUUUACGCCCCAAAGUGGACUUGUAAUGACAUUGUGCAACAGGUGUAUUUGAACCUCCAAGCUGUUUCCAACGGCCGAUGAGUCCAUCAUCGCGGAGGUGGUGAUAUAAUGACACCGUCACUUAGUAGUUGACACUUAGAUGGAACGAGAUCGUCCGAUGAUGACAAAGUUGGAAAUCAAAAGCAAAUUUGACGCCGAGUUCCGUCGUAUCUCGUUACCCAAAACAGACGUUGGCACUUACGAACAAUUCAGAAUUCUUAUCGAACGUCUACAUAAGUUAAUUGAGGUGCCAUUUGUACUGUCGUAUACAGACCCAAAAGAUGGAGAUUUAUUACCAAUCAACAAUGAUGAUAAUCUUGGAAGAGCAGUUUUAACAGCCAAACCAUUGCUAAGGAUAAUUGUACAGCGUAAAGGUGAAAGUCUUGAAGAACUGAAUGGUUAUGGUACUUAUAGGCCUCGAAAUAUAAUAUCAUCAAUUUUGGGUGGUACACCUAGCAAAGCAAAACAUCUUUGGAUAUCAAACCCUCAGGAUUUUCGACAGGUGUCCGCUAUCAUAGAUGUAGACGUAGUUCCAGACACAUGUCGGCGAGUUCGACUACUUAAACAUGGUUCAGAACGGCCAUUAGGUUUCUAUAUUAGAGAUGGCACUAGUGUGCGAGUUAGUCCUUCUGGUGUGGAAAAGGUUCCUGGUAUUUUUAUUUCCAGAUUAGUUCCUGGAGGCUUGGCUGAAAGUACUGGGCUUUUAGCCGUCAAUGAUGAGGUUUUAGAAGUAAAUGGCAUUGAAGUGGCUGGAAAAACUUUGGACCAGGUAACAGAUAUGAUGGUAGCUAAUAGUCAUAAUCUGAUUGUUACUGUAAAACCAGCUAAUCAGCGAACCACAAUGUCAGCACCUCGGCGAGGUUCUUUAUCAAGAACGUCACAAUUAUCUAGUGGAUCACAACAAUCAGCGCAUAGUGCCGCUACCACAGUUAACACCUCUGAAGAAGACGACCAAGAUGAAGUUGUAGAUUUGACUGCAGGUUUAGCUUUGCAAGUAGCAAAUGAGUCUACUAGUACUGCAGACCCAUAAGAAUAAAAGGUAUUUGUCACUUUUUCUCAAGAAAUUAACUAUGUGUCUAAAAAAUAAA